GUGGUCAGCUUUAGAACAUUAUCCAAUGUCAGACUAGAAGAGUAACUUAACCAUUUAAAAUUUUUAAAAUGACAAGAAGAUCAUUCUAAAUAUUUAAAUGAAAAAUAAUUUGAAUUAGACUAAUGAAAAUGCACAAAACUUAUUUGAAACUGCUAUAGUUUUAGCUCUUAUUUUUUUAUUUUAUUAAAUGUGUGAUAUAUACUUUCGUUUACAAUGUGGAAAUUACUUCAAAAUAAUUUACAUAACAAAUUACUUUCUCAUAGAAAUACUUUAGUCUGGUUAAGUAAACCAGCUAAUAUUAAAAAUAUUCUUUCAAAACCUAAACAUUCUGGAGCACAAACUAGACGUUUCUAUUUAACAACAUUUGGAGUAACAUUACCUGGUAGUUUGAUAAUUAAAGUACAUCUUUCUCGUAAUGUGGUAUUAUGUGAAGCAAAGAAAACUAGAAUGGUGGGUUAUGAGAAUCCAUCUGAGAGGAAUGCAAAGUUUGAUUGGAUUAGAUUAUGGACCUACUUAAGACCUCAUAUUUGGUACUUUAUAGCAGCUGUAGUAGGAGCUCUAGUUGUGGCAUUAUUAAAUAUACAAAUUCCUCAAGUUUUAGGUGGUGUAGUAAAUGUUCUAUCAAAAUUCAAUGAAAGUAAAGAUACUCAAUUAUUCAUUGCUGAUAUGAAAAAGCCAGCUUUUAAGUUAAUUGGAAUGUAUAUUGCGCAGAGUGCAAGUACAUUUUUCUACAUAUCAAUGCUUUCUAGUUUAGGAGAAAAAAUGGCUUAUAGAAUGAGAGCUGAUUUAUUUGAGUCUAUAGUAAAACAAGAUAUAGCUUUUUUUGAUCAGCAAAGGACAGGAGAAAUUAUUAAUAGAUUAACCACAGAUGUACAAGAUUUUAAAAGUAGUUUCAAGCAAACUGUGUCUGGAGGACUACGUGCUGCUACACAGAUUGUUGGUUGUUCAGUUACUUUGGUUAUGAUAUCUCCACAAAUGACAUUAGUUUCUUUACUGUGCAUACCAUCUGUAAUAGCUGUAGGAACCAUUUUUGGUACUCUUCUAAGGUCAAUUUCCAGAAAAGCACAAGCUCAGAUAGAGAAGACCACAGCUGUAGCAGAUGAAGCAGUUAGUAACAUAAGGACUGUUCGUGCAUUUGCAAUGGAAGACCAAGAAAUACAACUUUUUAACUCUGAAGCUGAACUGGCAAAAUCGUUGAGUAUCGAUUUAGGCUUGGGCAUUGGUUUUUUUCAAGCAGGAACUAAUAUGUUUAUUAAUGGGAUGGUAUUAUCAACUCUAUAUAUGGGUGGUUAUUUAUUAGCAACUAAUCAGUUAUCAGCUGGAGAGGUUAUGGCAUAUUUAAUGGCUUCUCAAACAAUACAACGUUCUUUAGCACAAAUAUCUUUGUUAUUUGGAUCAGUAGUUCGAGGAGUAGCUGCCGGUUCUAGGGUUUUUGAGUAUAUUAAUAAAAUGCCAAAUAUGUCUCUCAAGGGAGGAGAUAUACUUCCAAAUGAAUUGAUCAAAGGGGAUAUAGAAUUUAAAAAUGUUUAUUUUGCAUAUCCUACCAGAAGUCAACAGAUGAUUCUACAAGAAUUUAAUCUGAAAAUACCAGCAGGUAAAACUAUUGCUAUUGUUGGAGCCUCUGGGAAUGGAAAAUCUACAAUCGUUUCACUUUUAGAAAGAUUUUACGAUGUUAAAGAUGGUUGUAUAACAAUAGAUGGAUAUGAUAUAAGAAACUUAGAUCCUUCUUGGUUGCGUGGAAAAAUAUUAGGUUUAAUAAGCCAAGAACCAAUACUCUUUGGUACUUCAAUUAUGGAGAAUAUUCGUUAUGGCAAACCAGAUGCUACUGACGAGGAGGUAAAACAAGCAGCACUUUUGGCAAAUGCAGAUGAUUUUAUAACAAAUUUUCCAUUAGGGUAUAAUACACCUGUAGGAGAAAGGGGUGUAACCCUAUCAGGGGGCCAAAAACAAAGAAUUGCUAUUGCCCGCGCACUUUUAAAAAAUCCAGCUGUUCUAUUGUUAGAUGAGGCAACGAGUGCGUUAGAUUCAGAAUCAGAAAAUAUUGUACUAUCUGCAUUGGAAAAAGCUCGGAAGGGUAGGACAGUCAUAGUAAUUGCUCAUAGAUUGUCCACAAUUCAAAAUGCAGAUCUAAUCGUUGUUUUAAAUAAAGGAAAAAUAGUCGAGAUGGGAACACAUGAAGAACUGAAGAAAUUGGGAGGUUAUUAUUGGUCACUAGUGUAUCAACAGCAGAAUAGCCCAGCUGGAUGAAAUCCUAGUAUAAAUUGUAAAUUAAUGAUGUAAAUAAAAAUUUGUAAACGAUCUUGAAUCGUAUUUCAGAUUUUGGGAUUAAAAAAAAUAUUUUA